AUGUUGACGGUAGUACACCCAGACGAGGCGGUGCUGCUGGCCAUCCAUCCGGACGGCACCUGUCACAUGUUGUUCGAGUCGACAUCAUCGGGACAAACGACACUGUCGCCACCACAUCAACCGAGCCACGGCCAAGUGGGCUCGGCGAUUCAAAGCGUCUUCUAUGGCUACCACGCGGCGUCCGAUGCGCGCGCGCAGUUGAUGCAGCGGCUGCCGCUCCUGCUGGAUCUAGCACAAGUGCCCACGUACCACCCGCUGGCCACCGCCCCUACAAGUCGCACUUUCAAGGUUGGGUACUUGUGGCUCUACAACAAGCAGCGCCGAAAGGUCGUGCUGACGAAGUGGUCGCGGCGGUGGUGUCGUCUGGACGGGGUCGUGCUGAGCCUGUUUUCGCACAAGCACAGACCCACAACAGGACGGAGACCCAAGGAGGUGGUGAUGCUCCCCCGAUGCUGUCAUGUGCAGGACCUAUCUACUCACGAAGACAUGCUCGUGGAGCUGCGCAAACUACCGCACAUGGUGCUCGGGAUCACGCAAGUGUCGGGCGACGUGGUCGUGCUGAGAGCGGAAUCUGUGGCGGAAGGCACGGAAUGGUUGGACGCGUUGAGUGCCGCCAUCCAAUUGCCUCUCAAAGUAACACCAAUCGCAUCGACAACGACUGAUGCGAAUGCGCACACGAAACUCGAGCCUCUGACGGUGCCCGACGACGAAGAUGAAGAAGAAGAGGACGAAGAGGAUGAAGAGGACGGAGAGGAAGACAAGGGGACGACGACGCCGUGGCCGGAUGCCUCUAUUGUGACAACGACCGGGACGGAUGUACGAUGCGAAGUAGGGUCGCUCAUGCAGUGGUUGAAGGAAGACCCGCGGAACCAACUGCUUCUGUUGCUCCUGAGCCUGCUUGUGUGGUCGCUGUCCCCUGAUGGAAGUAGCACUCCCACCAACGACUUGGUGUAA